UCGCCCUGGCUCCUGGAGGACCAUGGCCAGCACCGAGGGCUUCCAGUACCGCGCCCUCUACCCCUACCGCAAGGAGCGGGAGGAGGACAUGGACCUGCUCCCGGGGGACGUCCUGGUGGUGAGCCGGGGGGCCCUGCAGGCCCUGGGCUUCCAGGAGGGCGAUGAGCAGCGUCCCCAGCAGCUGGGCUGGGUGCCGGGCGUCAACGAGCGCACCAGGCAGAGAGGGGACUUCCCGGGCACCUACGUGGAGUACCUGGGGGCCGUGAAGAUCGCCCUGCCCUCGCACCGGCCCCGGGCGCCCCGGCCCCUGCCCGCCACGCCCGGGGCCGCCGCAUCCCACGUGCCGGAGGAGCAAGGACUGGCCCUUCCAGAACUUUCCGAGCAGUUUGCUCCCCCGGAGGCUGCCCCCCCUCUGCUGUGCAGGCUGGUGGAUGCUGUGGAGAAGAAAGGGCUGGACAGCGCCAUGCUCUACCGGACGUCCGGCUCGGAGCUGCGGCAAGCGCUGAGAGCCGACUGGGCUGCGGCCGGCGACCUGGAGGCCUUUGACGUCCUGUCUCUGGGCGAAGCCCUCAAGAGCUACCUGCAGGACCUCCCAACUCCGGUGGUGCCGCCAUGCGCGCAGGCCGAAGUCCUGCGGGUGCUCCAAGACGCCGCCCAGCCGGACGCUUGCCGGGCGCAGCUGCUGUCUGUGCUAGAGCCCCCGGCCGUGCCGCUGCCGCACCUGCUCACGCUCCAAUUCCUGCUGCGCCACCUGGCCAAGGUGGCCGAACACGCCGGGAGCAACGGGCUGUGUCCUCGGGCCCUGGGCGAGACCUUUGGGCCCCUGCUCCUGCGAGGGGGGGCUCCUGCCGCCAGCGCUGAAGGAGCCCUUGAUUUUUCGGUUCUCUUCCUGGAGACUCUUCUGCAGGCGAAGGACACGGAGUCGGACCUGCCUCCGCCAGCUCUGCCUCCCAAACCCCCCAAACCGAAGCCUGCAGCGGCCGCCCUGCCCAACGGGAACGGCACGGCCCUCCAGGACGCCGAGUGGUACUGGGGCGACAUCUCCAGGGAGGAAGUGAACGAGAAGCUCCGAGACACCCCCGACGGCACCUUCCUGGUGCGAGACGCCUCCAGCAAGAUCCAGGGCGAGUACACGCUGACGCUGAGGAAAGGAGGGAACAACAAGCUGAUCAAGAUCUUCCACCGGGAGGGCAAGUACGGCUUCUCGGAGCCCCUGACGUUCGGUUCCGUGGUGGAGCUCAUCAGCCACUACCGGCACGAGUCCUUGGCCCAGUACAACGCCAAGCUGGACACCCGGCUGCUCUGCCCCAUCUCCAAGUAUCAGCAGGACCAGGUGGUGAAAGAGGACAGCGUGGAGGCCGUCGGGGAGCAGCUGAAGGUCUACCACCAGCAGUACCAGGACAAGAGCCGCGAAUACGACCUGCUCUACGAGGAGUACACCCGCACCUCGCAGGAGCUGCAGAUGAAGAGGACGGCCGUCGAGGCCUUCAACGAGACCAUCAAGAUCUUCGAGGAGCAGUGCCAGACGCAGGAGAAGUGCAGCCGGGACUACGUGGAGCGCUUCCGGCGCGAGGGCAACGAGAAGGAGUUGCAGCGGAUCCUGAUGAACUCUGAGAAGCUGAAGUCCCGGGUGACGGAGAUCCACGACAGCAAGAUGAAGCUGGAGCAGGAUCUCAAGCAACAGGCGUCCGAGAACCGGGAGAUCGACAAGCGCAUGAACAGCCUCAAGCCUGACCUGCUGCAGCUGCGGAAACUCCGGGACCAGUACCUGGUGUGGCUGACGCAGAAGGGGACCCGCCAGAAGAGGAUCAAUGAAUGGCUGGGGAUCAAGAACGAAACUGAGGACCAAUACUCCAUGAUGGAGGACGAGGAGGAGCUGCCCCACCACGAGGAGCGGACGUGGUACGUGGGCAAGAUCAACCGCGUCCAGGCGGAGGAGAUGCUGGCCGGCAAACGCGAUGGGACCUUCCUCAUCCGGGAGAGCAGCCAGCGCGGAUGCUACGCCUGUUCCGUCGUCGUGGACGGCGACACGAAGCACUGCGUGAUCUACAAGACGGCGACCGGCUACGGCUUCGCUGAGCCCUACAACCUCUACGCCUCACUCAAGGAGCUGGUCUUGCACUACAAGCACACGUCCCUGGUGCAGCACAACGACUCGCUCAACGUCACCCUGGCCCACCCCAUCCUGUCCCCGCCCCCGCCCAGAUGAAGGGGGCGGGCUCGUGGGGGCGGGGGGGCUGCCUCCGAGGCCCCCGCCCCGCCCCAUUUCUCACGCCUCCAGAGCCUCCGAGGCCACCGCACUUCUUUGACCGCCCCCUGGGAUCCGGGGUGGGGGGGCGCAGACCCUCCCCAUAUUCCACCCCCCACCCCUCUAUUUCAGGACCUCUUGCUUUUUGCCAGUGUCUCUCCCUGCCCCCAAGGUGCCAAUUUUCCUUCCUUCUCACUGGUGCAUUUGUCACUGAGGGGUUUGGGGGGGGGGGAUUUGCCUCCCCAAGCCGCCUCCCUCGUCUUCAACACUGUUUCCCGUUCACAGUCUCCUGUCGGCCUCUUCGGUGCUAGAGUUGCUCCCCUUCCACACCUGAGCACGGAGGCCGUCCUUGGGGAAACGUCGCUUCUGCCGACGGCAGUUCCCCAAAUGCUGCGGAGGGCGCGGUUCCCUGCCCCCCAAAUGCCCCGCUCCUUGCGAGGGUUCACGUGCGGAGGACAGGCGGGGAGCGAGUCGCAGCAAAGCGCGCCGAGGACUUUGGGCCGUUCCCUCCCAGCGGUCCUCAGGGUGUAGCUUUGCAAUCGGUAGCUUUGGAGUCUAUAAAUAUGCAAAAAUGGAGUGAGGGGGGGGCAGUUCCGCCUUGCAAGCAUCUCUGGGGAGCAGCGGAAGCCCCGUCUGCCCGGCCCUGCAAGCACUUUACCUGCCGCCCCCCCAAUCCCUGGGUCUCUCUCCACGGGGCUCCCUUUGCCCUGGGCAAAAGAACCUCCUCUGAGGGGCCCCGUUGCGCUCUGCGCGUGAACCGUCAGCCGGUGCCUACUCACAGCUGGCCGGUGUAUGAAUCCAGCAGGCUCUCCCCCCCCCCCCCCCCCGCCGUGCAAUGCCAUGUGGAUCUCUCGCCUAAAGCCAUAAAGCCGCGCUGUGCCCUCACCGGAACAGGUGGGGAACGGACCGGGCUUUUUUCCCGCCGCUGGGUUUCUCUUUCCCCGCCCACUCCAAGCCUGUUUGGCUCCCAAAUUGUCCUCAAGGUGGUCCUGGCAGCCGUUGGCUGACGGCAGCCCAUGGGCCUGGCUCUGAGUGCAUAAACCCAUGGGUUUAGCAACGCUCGGCUCCUUCGUCCUCUCGGGAGGAGCUCCGUGCUAUGGGAGCUCCAGAUCUCCCGUGAAGGAGAGGGGGCUCUUUCUGCCCUCCCUCCUGAAAGCUGCCCCGCCCGUGGGCAGCGGGGGGGGGGGGGGAGAGUGAGCACCAAAAUCCCCUUUUCUGUUCCUCUUCUAGAUAUAUAUGCAAUAACCACCCCUCAACCCUCCUCCUUCAGCCCCCAAACCCAUGUUUUUCAACUCCUUCAGUUUAAACAGAAUCGCGUUUACUAAAACCAUUGUAAACUCCAGUAUUUGUGUCAGAAUUUGUUACUGUAAGAUUAAAAACAGCAAGAAGAAGAAGAAGAAGAAGAAGAGAAAAAGACCAACAACAAUAAUAAAAGUUUUGUACGGUACUUCAAAAGGGGAAAACAAUAAAAUGCGUUCAUGCAGAA